AUGGAUUCUGGUAAAAGAAGGCCGCAAAAAUCACGGAGAAGUGACACACGACAGAGAAAUGACACGCAACAGAGGGAUGAUGCACGUCGGAGAAACGACACACGCCACAUCAACUAUGAUUACUGGGAGCCACUCGGUAUCGACUCGAAGAACGAAGAAGAUCAAGCCGCUGUCGUUAAGCUCAUACACCAAGCAUAUGCUCCUGUUCUGAACUUUUAUCUCGACGAUGGAGGUAUGGAAGACGCCAAACAUUUGUUCAAAUCUCCAUUCCGUUCCAAAGAGUUUCAAGAAGGUUGCAUCUCCAGAAUCCACCAGCUCCCACGGUACGUGAGAGCUCAUGUACCUAACAAGGACCUUCUUGUAGAUCUGCUAUACGAUAUUCUUCGGCAUAUUCGGCAGACCGAUGACACAUGGAUUCAUCGCAUGGAUGGGCCCCCCGCCAUAUCUACGCCCGUUCUUGCCCCCAAAAACCCCAGAAUACGACGAGUUCAAGACGAUGAAUCUACAAACAUCCAAGAAACUGAAACCCCUGUCAUGAUUCCGAUAACCCCAGAACGAGCACCAGAACCAGACGUACUGACUCACGUGAACGUCCAAUCAAGACCAGGACCAGGACCAGGACCGGAGCAAGUGCCAGAAUUAGAGUAUCGGUCUUAUCCUCGCAUCCCGUUGGAGCCGCAAGCUCAACCAGAAUAUCUCUUACAGACAUCCCCGCGCUCUCCUCGUCCUCUCCGUCCUAUCAGAGGAACUCUAGAGUGGGUUGCCGAGUACCGGAAGAAGCUUAUACCGCUGCGCUUCUACAACAGGGGCACUGAGUAUGAUCUCUUGGAUCAGGAUUGGGUGGUGGACUCUGAUCCCAAUGACGCUGAUUACGGUUUCCGGGAUCCCAUCCUGGGCCCGGUCUUUGGCCACCCAGAGGAGCCUAAAUAUGCUGAGCAUCCUUGGGAGAAACACCCCUAG